CGUCGGCGGCGGCGGCGGCGUCGGGGGAUGGAAUGUUGGGAGCGUGAACGUUCGGCGCCGUUCCCGGGGAGCCUCCGGAGCUCGAGCGUGGCGGAGGACGGCAGCGCCGGAGAGGGAACCGUGCCUUCCUCCUCCUCCUCCUCUUCCCUCCUUCCUCCCCUCCUUCCCUCCCACGUUCUCUGCAAGUGAAUGACUGGAAGGGGCGGGGGCUAAAUAGAGAAGGAAGGAAGGAAGGAACAGAGAGGGAGAGAGAAAAGGAGGAGGAUCUUGCACCGCUUGGAGAUCAUCGUAGCAAAAGGGAAGCCAGCCUCCUCCUUCUUUCCCAGAGAACCCGAAGACAGAGAGAAAUGCAGGGAUUCGUCAGGUUACGUUGCCGCUGGAGGAUGUGAUCCGGACGGGGCUGCCACCCUCUUCUUCCUUCCCUCCUUCCAGAUAGACGGUGAUGAGGACGACUUCCCUCCCUCCUUGCUAGUGGAUGGGGAAUGAGGUUGGAGGAUUUGAGAGAGGGGAAGCCUUGCAGGGAUGUUUGAACCCGUUGCACCCUGACCCGCGUGUGUGGCUCUGCGUGUGCAUGGGAAGGAAGGCAGAGAGAGAGACCUGGAGGGCGGGACACGAGUUCCUCAACCGGAUUUAAGGGCCGAAGGGAGCCCGGCUCAGCAGCGGGAGGGCGAGCAGUGCCUUCCUCUCCUCUCCUCUCUUGCUUCAAAUCCCAGCCUCUCCUUUGCCCAAAGCAGCGCUCACUCGGCGUGCUUCCCUUCCUCAAUCCCUUGCUUUCGGGUCUCCCUCUUCCUCUCCUUUCCCAAAACCACCUUAUUGUUAUUUUUUGUGGUUUAUUUUCCUGUCUUCCUCCCAAUCCUUUCCCUUUGGGUCUUCCCCUUUCUCUCCUUCCCCAAAACCACCUUAUUGCUAUUUUCUGUGGUUUAUUUUCCUGUCCUCUUCCUAACCUCUUGCCUUUGGUUCUCCCUCUUCCUCUCCUUCCCCAAAACCACAUUAUUGUUAUUUUUUUGCUGUUUGUUUUGCUCUCCUCUUCCCAAUCCCUUGCUUUUGAGUUCCCUCUUUUUCUCCUUUCCCAAAGCCACCUUGUUGUUAUUUGUUUUGCUUCCCUGUUCCCAACCAUUUCGGGUCUUUCUCUUUCCCCCCUCUUUUCUCCUUUACCUUAUUAUUAGUUUGUUGUUGUUUCAAUUGCUUCCCUUUCCCCAACCCAUUGCUUUCAGCUCUCUCUCUUUUCCUCUCCUUUUCCAAAGCCACCUUAUUGUUUAUUUUGCUCCCCUCUUCCCAAACUCUUGCUUUCAGGUCUCCCUCUUUUCUCUCCUUUCCCAAAGCCAGCUUGUUGUUAUUUUGUUGUUGUUUGUGUUGCUUCCCUCUUCCCAGUCCCUUGCUUUAGGGUCUCUCGCUUUUCUCUCCUUCCCCAAAGCCACCUUAUUGUUAUUUUUGUUGUUUGUUUUCCUUCCCUCUUCUUCUUUUCCUUUCCUUCUUUCUCUCCUUUCCCAAAGCCACCUUGUUGUUAUUUUGUUGUUUGUUUGUUUGUUUUGCUUCCCCCUCCCUCCUCUCCCCUCUCCCCUCGCUCCCCUUUCCCCAAAGAUGAAAGACCGGCAGCAGCAGCAGCGGAGAAGAAGAGAAAGUUAACGAAGAAGUCGCCCACAUGCGCUGCUGCAUCAGCCCAAGCCUUGGGGAAAGGAAUCCAGAGAAGGUGGGACAAGAGAGUUUGAAGGCUCGCCCGGCGGCGGUGGGAAGAUGGCGGACUCAAGCUGAGAGUGUCCCCUGGCCGACCCUCGGGGCCCGGAGCCGCGCUGCCUUUCUCCGCCACCCCCUCGACCCCCUCGACGACAGGACACAUGCAGGCCAAAAAACGCUACUUCACCCUGCUCUCGGCCGGCACCUGCGUCGUCCUGCUCGCCUACUUCGGACUCGGUGGCGUGCGCUUCAGAGCCUCCCGGAACCAAAGCCGGCGCCAGGCUCCCAGUAGUAGUAGUAGCAGUAGUAAUAGCAGGUAUGGCUCGCAGCAGCGCUAUUGGCCCCGCUUCCCGGACGCCCUGCGGCCUUUGGUCCCUUGGGAUCAGCUGGAGAGCGAGGACUACAAUGCCCAGGCUUCCCCGCGGCAGAAGCGGGAUGCCAACGCCAGCGUCUACAAAGGGAAGAAGUGCCGCAUGGACUCCUGUUUUGACUUCGCCCGGUGCCAGAGGAACGGCUUCAAGGUCUACGUCUACCCGCAGCAGAAAGGGGAGAAGAUCGCCGAGAGUUACCAAAACAUCCUCGCCGCCGUCGAGGGCUCCCGCUUUUAUACUUCCGACCCCAGCCAGGCCUGCCUCUUCAUCCUCGGCCUGGACACCUUAGACCGCGACCAGCUCUCCCCGCAGUAUGUGCACAACCUGCGGUCCAAAGUUCAGGGCCUCCACUUGUGGAACAACGGGAGGAACCACUUGGUUUUUAAUUUAUACUCCGGCACCUGGCCCGACUACACCGAGGACGUGGGCUUCGACAUCGGGCACGCCAUGUUGGCCAAGGCCAGCAUCAGCACGGAGAACUUCCGCCCCAACUUUGACGUUUCCAUCCCGCUCUUUUCGAAGGAUCACCCGAGGACAGGAGGGGAGAAGGGCUUCCUGAGGUUUAACACCAUCCCACCCCUCAGGAAGUACAUGUUGGUCUUCAAGGGGAAAAGGUACCUGACCGGGAUAGGAUCGGAUACCAGGAAUGCCUUAUAUCAUGUCCAUAAUGGGGAGGAUGUUGUCCUCUUGACCACCUGCAAGCACGGCAAAGAUUGGCAGAAGCACAAGGACUCACGGUGCGAUAGGGACAACGCUGAGUAUGAAAAGUAUGAUUAUCGUGAAAUGCUGCACAAUGCCACUUUCUGUCUGGUCCCCCGUGGCCGGAGGCUUGGAUCCUUCAGGUUCCUCGAGGCCCUGCAGGCUGCCUGUGUUCCUGUGAUGCUCAGCAACGGAUGGGAGUUGCCAUUCUCCGAAGUGAUUGAUUGGAAUCAAGCUGCCGUCAUAGGGGAUGAGAGAUUGUUAUUACAGAUCCCUUCUACAAUCAGGUCUAUCCAUCAGGAUAAAAUCCUAGCACUUAGACAGCAGACACAGUUCUUGUGGGAGGCUUAUUUUUCUUCGGUUGAGAAGAUUGUAUUGACCACACUAGAGAUUAUUCAAGACAGAAUAUUUAAGCACAUAUCACGUAACAGCUUAAUAUGGAAUAAACACCCUGGUGGGUUAUUUGUACUGCCACAGUAUUCAUCAUAUCUGGGAGAUUUUCCUUACUAUUACGCUAACCUAGGUGUCAAGCCCCCGUCCAAAUUCACCGCCGUUAUCCAUGCAGUUACUCCUUUAGUUUCUCAAUCUCAACCUGUGCUGAAACUCCUGGUGGCUGUAGCCAAAUCCCAGUACUGUGCCCAGAUCAUUGUCUUAUGGAAUUGUGAUAAACCCCUCCCUGCCAAGCACCGUUGGCCUGCCACUGCCGUGCCUGUCAUUGUCAUAGAAGGAGAGAGCAAGGUGAUGAGCAGUCGUUUCCUGCCCUACGAGAAUAUUGUCACAGAUGCUGUUCUAAGCCUCGAUGAGGAUACGGUGCUUUCAACCACUGAGGUGGAUUUUGCCUUUACAGUUUGGCAGAGCUUUCCAGAGAGGAUUGUUGGCUAUCCUGCCCGUAGCCAUUUUUGGGAUAACACUAAGGAGAGAUGGGGCUACACGUCGAAAUGGACUAAUGACUAUUCCAUGGUAUUGACCGGAGCUGCUAUUUACCACAAAUAUUAUCACUACCUGUACACUCAUUACCUGCCUGCCAGCCUGAAGAAUAUGGUGGACCAACUGGCCAAUUGUGAAGACAUUUUGAUGAACUUUUUGGUGUCCGCUGUGACAAAAUUGCCUCCAAUCAAAGUAACACAGAAAAAACAGUAUAAAGAAACCAUGAUGGGACAGACUUCCCGGGCGUCUCGGUGGGCUGACCCAGACCACUUUGCUCAGAGGCAAAGCUGCAUGAACACUUUUGCCAGCUGGUUUGGCUAUAUGCCGCUGAUCCAUUCUCAGAUGAGGCUUGAUCCCGUGCUCUUUAAAGAUCAAGUCUCCAUCCUGAGGAAGAAAUAUCGAGACAUUGAACGACUUUGAGGAGCCCUGCCGAGGGGAGGGGGCAGGUUGGGGAAACGGACUGUUCACGUCACCCAGCACAAAGCCACUGACUCUUGGGAGCCAGACUGUACCAGGAACAAACUGACAAAAACACACACAAAAUUGCUCAAUAUGCCAAUGGAAAAGCCAACUAGCGCUGGCUCAAAGGAAAACACAUUGCGCUGGACUGCUUCAAAACCACCUCACGGGCUGCAGGUCGCUCAAAGACUAGGUUGUGUACAGUUUCAUUAUGGAACAUUAAAUAAUUAUUUUUUUGAAAUGAUUGCUAUGCAGGUUUAAACUUUUUUAAUGAUCAAAAAAACACUAUUAAAAACAGAGUUCUUUCUUUAA